ACAAAGAGUGGUGGUCAAUGCAAAGAGUUUUACGUUAACAACAAAAUGGCUUCUCUUUCCUAUAACCUUAUAUUAGUCCUAAUGGCUCUCAUUAGUUUGGCGCUAACCCAAGCAGAGAAAGUGAUGCGUCCGAAAUUCAAGGAAGUCAAAGUCUGGAGUGAUGAGAAAUAUAUCUCACAUACCAUUACUAUGGAUGCCAAUGAUCCUCAUAUUAACUUUACACUAAAUGUCCUGCAAGAACAGCAAAAUGUCGAUAUACAUCUUGAGGGUAGAAUUACCCAAAAAGUUGAUCCCACUUAUUUUUUAACCCUUAAUACUACCAUGAAUUUGUGUAACAUUCUACACUUUAAUUUGAAAUCCCUGGGUGCUUUGGUCUCGACAUUCCUUAAGGAAUAUGGUCAUAUAUUGGAGAAAUGUCCCAUUACUAAGGGUAAAUAUUACAUGCAUAAAUUCUGGAUACCUGAGGAUACCGCUUUGGCCACUUUACCCGAAGUUGAUUUUGACAUCAAUUUCCAGGCAUUCAAUGUGGAUGCAAAUAAACAGAGAACACUUACCAUUAAUGAUCAUUUUACGGGUGAGGUGGUGGUACAUGAUGUCACUAAUGUUAAGCCCGGUUUGUUGGCCUUGUUACCUAAGGUACCAGGUGGCUGAAAGUAGAUAAAAAAGAACUCGAGUAAGCAGACAUUCUACUGCCGUUUGAAUUAAGACAAAAAAUAUAUUUGAAGCAUUAAUGUUGUAAUAUGUUGUAUCAAU